AUGAGCCGAAAUCGCCCGCUAACAGAUAAAGAACUAUUAGAUUUAAUAGAAGCCGGAUUAUCAGACAUUGAAGGUCUCAGUGACGGCGAAUUCAAUGAAGAUGAUGGCUUUGAUUUUGAUCCUGAAGCAAUGAGUGAUGAGGAGGAAGAGGCUGAACCUGUUCCCAGCACACCUGUAACUCAACAACGUGAAGAGACUGAGCAGCUAGAACAAGCAGAACCUAAACCUGUUACCAACAUAAUGGCAAAAACUCCACAAACGUCGAAGAAAUCCAAUAUAGAAGACUAUUUGGAAAACAAUGGUCUUUCAAAGAAAAAGGAUAUAUUCUGGCGAAAAAAUGUGCAGUAUAUCACUCCACCGAUAGAGUGGCACGUUAGUGAAGACGAACCUACUGAUAUUUUCCAACCCAUGAUGGAAUAUACAAAUCUUUACGCUGUUCAGCAACAAACCCGCUUUGUUCCUACGACGGUUGAAGAACUAAAAACCUUUGUAGGAAUACAUAUCAUCAUGGGUAAUCUACAUUACCCAAGAAUUAAGUUAUACUGGGACCAUAAAUUACAAAUUCCACUGAUUUCCAAUAAUAUGACUGUUAACAGAUUUUAUAAAUUGCGACAACAUAUUCACUUCGUAAAUAUUCACGAGAAACCGGACAACAGUGACAGAUUUUGGAAGGUGCGUCCAUUAUAUGAUGCAAUUAGGAGAAGAUGCCUUUCCCUUCCAUUCGAAUCCAAAUUGUGUGUGGACGAGCAAAUGGUGCCGUUCAAAGGCAGUUUGAACGUCAAGCAAUACGUCAAAAACAAACCCAAACCAUGGGGAAUUAAGAAUUUUGCGCUAUGUGGCAGCAGUGGCAUCUUGUAUGAUUUUAUAAUAUAUCAAGGAUCUACUACUGAACUUGACUCACAGCAACUUGAUGUAUUUGGUUCGGGUGCUGCAGUGGUACUAAAAUUAUCUGAACGAAUCUCACACCCUAGGUACCUUAGAAAUAGGCAAAUAUAUACAACGUGCACAGCAAGAGCUGAAAGAUUUAAAAAUUCGCCAUUUUCGUCCGAUAAGGAUAUGAAAAUAAAAGGUCGAGGUUGUUCCGAAGAAAUUAUUAGCGGGGAUAAUGGAAGAAAAUAUUAG